UCUCUGUGGGAACCGACUGAUAGCAGGUAGACUUUGCCCUGAAGGGGAACUGACGCUCCAGGAAGAGCAGAUUCCCGGCCGUCACAGCAGAGAAUGGAGCAGAAUAAUGACAGCAGUCCUGGAGGUUUCGGACCUCAUCCUCCGCCCUACAACCAGCAAGACUACGUUCAGACUCCUUAUACUGGGAUGAGCUAUAAAGUGGGGAAGGGGAACAUAACGGUGGUGUCGCCUCCCGGCUCCUACGAUACCACAGCUUACCCACAGUACUACACGGCAGCACACGGCGAAGGUCCACCUGACUACUCCCAAGGCUCAGACGACGACAACAACUGCUUCAGCGACGCUGCAGUACGACGAGGUUUCAUAAGAAAAGUCUACUUAACACUGAUGAUUCAGCUUUUGGUAACCGUUGGGAUCAUUUGUGCCUUUGUUUACUGGAACACGCUGAAGCAGUGGACGAGGACAACCUAUUGGUUCUCCACCGCCAUGAUGGUGGUGGUGCUGGUGCUCAUCGUGGCCUUGUCGUGCUGUGACAGCCUCCGUCGUCAAGUCCCCCUCAAUUUCAUUGCCUUGAGCUUGUUUACGAUUGCGGAAGGCCUGAUGCUUGGAUCUGUGACCGUGUACUUUGAUGCCGAGGCUGUCCUGUGGGCGGUGGGGGCGACGGCGCUCGUGUCCUUCGCCAUGAGCCUGUUUGCCAUGCAGUCAAAGUGGGACUUCACCGCCGCUAACGGGUGCAUGUGGGUGCUCGCCUGGUCCUUCUUGUCCUUCGGCUUGCUCUGCACUAUCCUGCGGUCGCAGUUCCUCCACAUUGUGUACGCCUGCCUGGGAACGCUGGUGUUCUCCCUUUACCUGGUGUUUGAUACCCAGCUCAUCCUAGGCGGGAAACACAGGAAGUACUCUGUGUCUCCUGAGGAGUACGUGUUUGCGGCCCUCAACCUCUACUUGGACAUCGUCACCCUGUUCCUGCUCCUGCUGCAGCUGAUCGGUCUCUGCCGCUGACACACUCCACAGCGUGACCCUGAAGACACACAAACACCACCACUUUGCUCUCCAUGUAGACUUGACAAAAAUAUAAAUGCCAACAAUCUGAGACUAUCAAAGAAGUAUCUUGGAUUAUGCUUAUUCAUACUAAAACUCUU